GCUGACCCAAGUGUUGCACGAGUGGGAGAACAACUGCAGUUUGAGUUGUACGACCAUCGAAAGCACCCUCGGUUAGACCACCGCCUAGACCGCGAGAGUCGGCUACCGGUCUGGCGUCGGCGACAUGGAGCUCCUACUACCGGCACCACCUUCACCAGCACCGGCACUGCACUGGGCAUUUGCCGCUGUGUGGACUUGCUGCAUCUGGCAUCUAGCACGCUCGUUCCAGCAGGUCUGCUACCUGGUGGCGCCGUCCAACUCGACGCAUUCGCUUCCUAUCGCCUCGGUGAACGUACGAAUGUGCAGCCACGUGAUCAUGGGCUUCGGCACCGUCGACGAAGACGGUAGCGUCAACUUGGACGCGCUCGGUGGCCCUCAGGGACUGGCCUCUCUGGCCACUCUGCGAAAACGCCGACCCGACCUCAAGCUUAUGAUCUCCAUCGGAGGUGGAGGGGGCGACAACAACUUCAGGACCAUGGUAUCCAGUGCCGACAGCAGAUGGAGGUUCAUCGCCUCGGCGAUAUCGGCAUUGCGUGCGGCCCGCCUAGACGGACUUGACAUCGACUGGGAGUUCCCCAAGCUGCUGGAUGCCGCUCGCUUUGCACGCCUACUCAAGACGGCGUCCGUGGAGUUCAAGAAGGAAGCCCACUCGCCACUGCUGCUGUCCGUUGCGGUGCCUGCUCAAAGCUUACUCGUGAUUGGAGCAUAUGACGUCCACUCCAUGGCCAGGACCGUGGACUUUGUGAACCUGAUGACGUACGACCUGAACAUCUACAACUGGUACACACCCUGGGUUCGUCAUAACAGCCCUCUCUUUCCGAACGCCAACGAUGCGCCGUACUUCAAUACGCUCAAUGUGGAGUCUAGCGCUAAGUUGUGGGCCUCGCUGGGCAUGCCGAAGGCCAAGAUCAUGGUGGGUAUUCCGACCUACGGACUGUCGUGGGUGUUGCGUGACCCGGCCCGCUGGACGGUCGGCUCGCUUGCCUCCGGUCGGGACAAACACGGUGGCGGAUUCGUCACAUACGCUGAGGUGUGCAGGUUGCUGGAAAACGGCGCCCAGCGCGAGUACGACCCCGAAGGCAUGGUGCCUUACCUGCACAAAGGAAAACUGUGGAUCAGCUACGACGACCAGCAGAGUGUCGCGGUCAAGGCAUCGUGGACCGUGAGCAACGGCUACGGAGGCAUCAUGACCUUCAGUCUCAACUCCGACGACUGGGCCGGUGUAUGCGGUGACGGGCGCUUCCCGCUGCAGAGGAGCAUCGCGAGCGCGGUUACAUUGGAGAAGUCAGUAGUGGCGGGCCUUGAGGUUACACCUUGAGAUGUCGAUCCCCGAAGCAGACCACGUCAUCACGUGGCACGGUGCAAAGAUACGUGCCACCUUUUAAAAAUGAUGAGCGGGCCGACCCGAACGCGUCCGGGGGAGGACAUUUUUAAUAACAGCUUCGUCCGCACGACCACUCUCCGGCGCACCGCGAUAACCUACGAGAGCCCAGUAUGCAUUUUUUUUUCUUCGAUGACUCCAGGAGUGCUAUUCCGGACAUUGUCAAAUUCCGCCAUGUUGUCUAAUUCCGUCAUUGGUCAACACUGAUUGGCCCAGAUGGCUGCCGAGGCCUCUCUGAUUGGCCCGAAAUGCCACCAUUACGAAAUUUGACAAUAUGGCAAAAUUUGACAGUGUCCAGAACAGUACCCCAGUAUGUAUCAUCGCCGGUCGAACAGCGCGCGCUAUCAGGCGUGUCAUGAAAGAGACAGUUGUGUUAUGGUGGCUAGCAUAUUAUAACUGUCCCUUUAAUGUUUUGUCUAGCUAGCAAAGUAAAAACAUGGAAGACGCUUGAGCUUCGUCUUCAAGAGUGGAACGCGAUAGCGUAAUCGGGCCCCGUGCGCAUCGCCUUCUCAACUGCUAGCCUAGCUUCGGGCUCGGUGAAUGCCUCAACCGUGCCGUAAGGAAACAAACAACUGUGCGCGUAACAUUAACCGUUUAAAACUAUCAUGGAAUGCCUACUGCAAGUACAUUUGCGAAGUGCCCACUACGCCAUAAUUCUUCCUUUUGCUAAUUAUCAAGUGCCCACUACGCUUCCAUAAGGCAACACGCGCACCUUCGCAGCUGCUCACUCUGUGGAUGCUUUUGCUGCUGAUAGUGAUUAAAUAUGUCGGAGCGCUUUGUAAUGAGUGGGCCUUUAAACCACUCACUCGUUGUGCAACUCACGUGUUUUGACGCCUGACCCAAUUCUACGCUUCUGUCGCACUACAUUACAUGCGUAAGAAGACUCCUAGCUCUACCUUGCAUUCAUAUAGGUUUUCUUUUUCGAAAACAGUUCCAAGCAACGACGUUAAUUGUUAUGUGGUAGAACACGUGCUUGCCACGCAGAAGCGAUUCGCACUCGAACAGAAAAUUUUUAUUAUUUAUUUUAUUUGCAUCUUUCUCGAUUUUUCGGUCAAAGACAAGAUGGUGAUUUUUCGCUCGCAACCAUUGCAACGAUGCCGACGCCGACAUUUCUGCGAAACGAGCUUUUUUAACGCUAUCGCUUUAAAGCAAGCCCUCACAAUUCCCCUUCUUUCGGUAUCUAGCAUAGUUUUGUAAGUGGUCACAGGUUCGUAGAGAUACUGCAUGGUUGCCUUUGCGUUUUAGUUUAACACGCUCGUUCAGAAGACAUGCGAACCGUACAGGAAUUGUAUAUUAGAGUCGCAACGAGCACCCGUUUCUACGAUUUUACUGAGAGUAGCAGGGGCGU